UUGAUCCUAAUUUCUUCCAUUCGGUGGAUUGGUCAGUUCUUCAAAUGGAAUAUGUAGCCAGCUCAACUUCUCAGGAAGGCAUCAUGGUUACAAUUCAUGCCUCAGUGUUGAAUGGUCAGCAUGUUUUGUUAGUUGGGACAUCAACUGGAUCUGUCUUGCAGUUUGUCAAUACUGAUGGCACAUACAUGAGGUACAACAGAUUUGAAGUACAAGACUCACCCAUUUUGGGUCUAUACCAGCACAAUGAUAUUGCUAACUCACUGUUUGUACUGACCAAGAAUGAGUUGAACAAAUAUGCAGGCACUCGAUGUGUUGAAUAUGCUGGCAACCACUGUGUGAACUCUAUUGUGAUGAAAGGAAAAAAUCCCCUGUGUGGAUGGUGCAUUUAUGAACAACGAGCCUCUCUACAGUCUGACUGUUCCUGUAAUAAAACUGGCGAAUGCUGGAGAUCAUCCCUAACUUCCUGUAUAUCGUUGGACAUAGAACCAAAAGGGGCCACAUCUAGCUCAGGAAAGGUUGUCAUUAAAUUGAGACCUUCACCGAGUCAGCCUGAUGGUCAGAUGUAUCAAUACUUUUGUCGUUGGUCAAAUGGAACAAUCACAAAUGCAACCAGAAAUGGUGCAAUGUUCACAUGCAAUAUGACUGUUCAAAACAAUUUUCCACUGACACGAAUGGAGUUUGGUGUCAAAGUGAAUAAUGAAACCAUUCUGCUGACUGAUGCUCCAUUCCUCAUUUAUGAAUGUGUAAACUUCACGAAGUGUGGGGAGUGCACAAGCACUGAGGGUGCCCAAUGUACUUGGUGUCCAUUGGAAGGACAAUGUCUUCCACCGAAUGCAUCUUGUCAACAUGCUGUCAGUUUAAGCAAUGCUAAGUGCCCACAGCUCUCAAACCAUGAUGACCAGCUCUACCUUCCGAGUGGAACCAAUCGUUCACUGAAAAUCAAUGUGAUCAACGAUGUACUCACCAAUUCAAGUAACAUUGAGUUUAGACUGAGUGUUGUAGACUUUGGACGGACCCCUUGUAUUGCAGCUUCAUCUCAACUGAUGUGCAAUAUGACCAUAUCAAUAAAUGUCAGCAAAAUUCACAAGAACAUUGGCGUGCAGUACUCUAAAGUUAGUUCUAAUCAGUGGGUGGAUCUGGAUGACUAUAACAACAAUAAAGUCACAAUCUACAACUGCGCCAAGUUGGCAGGAGGUUGUAACUACUGCAAGGCAUUGAACACUUCUAGAUACAAAUGUGCCUGGGACUUAAAAAAUGGAUGCACAUUUUAUGAGAACCGUAGUAGUGCAUCUUGUGGGGCUCCGACCAUAACGCAGAUUUCACCGAAAGAUGGUCCAUACAGUGGUAAAAUGAUAGUAACCUUGAUGGGUAGAGAGUUUGGUCUCUUCAGAGAAACAAUAGGAACAGUGAUAGUGUCAGGAAAAUCCUGUGACUCACAUAUAAACAAUUACAUAUAUGCACCUGAUGAUCCUCUGGAUUUCAUAGAUGCAGUUCGAACUGGGUUCCAAUGUGUAGCAAAUGGGAAACCAAAUGGAACCAACACCUCAUUUAUCCUUUCUGGACAACUUUCCACACUUGAAACUCUUUCACCAAUAUUGAAGAACUCCACUAUAACACAUGUCAGCCCAGACUUUGGACCUAGAGCUGGUGGGACCAAAAUAACCUUUUAUGGGAAGAACCUGUGUAUUGGGAACAGACUUCUGGAAACUCUUAAGCUUCUGGAAACUCUUAAGCUUAAAAACAAAGAGACAGAUCUUGAGGGAAUCCAUAUCACCUCUAUUAAUAAUGGUACAGGGAAGGAUGAUUGUGUCAUCAUUGGGGAAAUACCCACAGGAAACUUCACUGGAAAUGGAACCUUUGCAGUAUCGCUGAAUGAUAUUGUCAUUUCACCUGAGUUCACCUUCUCCUUCUUAGAAAACCCAGAAAUAGAAAGCAUUGAACCUCUACAUGGGUUCCUAAGUGGUGGUACCAUUCUGACAGUGAAAGGCAACAAAUUGCGCAAUGCUCAACUUCCAAGAGUAUUUAUACAAAAUUAUGAAGCAGAAAGUUCAGAAUCAUGCAGCUUUCCAGAUGAGAACUCUUCCCAAAUCUUGCAUUGUAAAGUGCCUAUAGCACCUGCAAAAAUCAAAUCUGAUCUUGAAUCCGGACGAAAGAAAAGAUCCCCAACAUGCCAGGGCUGUCAGGAAGUGACCAUAGUUGUAAAACUGGACGGAAUUGAGAAAACGUUUACUUUGAACUACUACCACGAUCCAUCGUUGUCCAAGUUUACCAAUGGCAUGCAGCUGUUUAAUGCAGAUGAUCAAUUUCUCACAGUGCACGGUGACAAUUUAAAACUUCUUGAUAAGUCCGAUGUGACCAUAACCAUUGGUAUAGAGCAAUGUCGGGUUCUGGUAGUAGAGCCUCGCACCAUGAAAUGUGUCGCACCUCGGACCCAACCUAAACCAGGCAUCCAGGGGGCAGAAUAUCCAGAAGUAAAUAUCACCAUUGGCAACAUCAACCAGACGUUGGGUCAGCUGCAAUAUCAGAAGGAUUUAAACACUGUAGUGAUUAUAGCAGGGGCAGUAGGAGGAGCUGUAUUUUUUGUUGCUGUCCUGGCAUUCAUAUUGAUCUGUUAUAAGUUAAGAAAGACGAAAUCUAAGGCAAAAGAGCUCGAGGGUGAUUUAAACAAACUGGAGAUGGAAAUUAAAAGUGUGGCACGUCAAGAGUUUUUGGACAUGCAUACGACAAUGUCGACGGUGAAUCGCAAAUUGAUCGAGCAGGGCUUCCCCUACCACAACUAUCAGCAGUACUCAUGCAAUGUGCUCUUUGCCUCGGACUAUCUCCUGUCCGAGCCAGUUGUAAGUAGUCACAAGAUGACAGACAACAUGCGUUCCAAGUUUAAAGAGGGCAUGAAGAAGUUGGAGGCCCUACUGGAGAACAAGCUGUUCCUGACCUCCCUGAUAGGCACCAUGGAGAAACAGAAGAGCUUCUUCCUGAGGGACAAGUCGAACAUGGCUGGCAAUCUCUGUGCCAUCAUGAUGGGUCGCAUGGACUAUCUGCAUGAAGUGCUUGAGGUGAUUCUUGCAAAUCUGGUGCAGGAAACAAGCGGCAGAAGAGGAAUGAAAACACUUUUCAGAAGAUGUGAGAGUAUCACAGAGAAAAUCCUGAGUAACUGGCUGUUGCUGUGCAUGUAUCCACAUCUGAAGAACCACACUGGAUCGCCCCUGUACCUGCUGUACAUGGCAACCAGAAAGACUAUUGAGUCCGGACCCAUCGACGCUCUGACCAAUGACUCUAAGUUCACCCUGACGGAGGACAAACUUCUGAAGAAAUACGAGGGCUCCUGUGACACACCUGACAGCAGGGAUGUAAAGUUUGAGGCUAAAACACUGACCCUGAAUGUAGUUGUUGGCAAAAGCGAGGAGAUUUUCCCAUGCAAGGCCCUGGACUGUGACACCAUCACGCAGGUGAAAGUCAAGUGUCUCGACCAGAUCUACGUCAAUUAUCCUGCAUCUCAGAUGGGUAUCGAUCCAAAGGAUUUGAUUCUAGAGUGGCACGCAGGUUUUGGCGGGCAUUUGGUGCUGAAGGACAGGGACAACACCUCCACACAGGAGGGCCAGUGGGUGCGCCUGAACACCCUGGCCCACUACUCCGUGUCUGACCAGAGCAACAUGGCCCUGGUGGACCCGACUGAUGAAGACCUGGCACAGAUGGAGGACUAUGUGAACCUAGCCCAGAUCAAUACGUCUGUUGACAAUCACAGCAUGGAGUCAGACUCCCCACUGACGGGCACCGAGGACGGCCAUGAUGUGGAGAACCCUGCCUUGACCAAACCCUGGCACCUGGUGAAGAAGGAUGAGGAAAACACCAAACAGGAGAAGUCAGCCAUAGCAGAGCUCUACCUGAACAGAUUACUUACCACCAAGCAAUCGCUGCUCCAAUACAUAAAGGACCUUAUGGACGAGGUCCUGGACAGCAACAAGUGUCCUCUACCAGCCCAGUUCCUUUUCCAGUCCCUUGACAACCUCGGGGAGACGAUGAAGGCAGACCCGGACACCAUUCACGCCUGGAAGAGUCACAGUUUUGCGAUUCGUGUGUUGGCGUGUCUCAUCCAAUCACCAGGCAUUCUGUUUGACGUCUCCAUACCGAGCUACGUGAGUGAGAACCUAGACAUCAUCAGCAGCCAGGUUUUCAUUGCAAGCUUCGGGCUUGACGAGCACAAGUUUACAAAGGACUCGCCAUCCCAGAAGCUGAUUUUUGUGAAUGAGGUGCGUGGAUAUCGUGAGCGAGUCCAGGAAUUCUACACAAACAUCCGUGGAACAGAGCUGAAUUCCAUGGACCUGAUCCAGUACUUCUCCAAUGUAAACAAGCUACAACAAGAGACCACUUUCAACAAGACUGCAGCCCUGUACAGGUUUUAUGAGCAAAUCAAGCCGUACAAUUCAGAGAUCAUGGAUGACCUGUCCCUCAACAAGAAGACCAGCUCCCUGCAGCUGGAUAGGAAGCUGGCAGAAAUCAUGGAGAUGAUGGAGGAAGAAUAGAACAGGCAGCUGUGGAUCUGUGGGGCCAUGUGUAGGGGUGCAUAGACUUGGAAAUGGUGAAGGACAAAUAGAGCAGGCAGCUGUCUGUCUGUCUGUGGGCAAGUAUAGUUACGCAUUUAGUGAAUAUACAUUGAAUUCAUAAAGGACAAAUUGGACAGCUUACAGUGGUUCAUAUUGGUGCAUAUGUCUGGAAAUCAUAGAGAAGGGAUUGAACAACAGAUAUCUGUGUGUCCUAGUGGAUAAUUAUUGAUAUAAUGCUAUAAGGAUCAUUUUGUACAUAAUGUUUGUAUUCAUGUUUGUAAUGAGAUUAAUUAUGCUAUGAAGAAGAUAUGAUAAUUUUUUCUUAUUCUAUGAAAUAUAAGAAUUUGUCUGAUGCAAUCAAUGUGCAAUGCUAUAUAAACAGAUGUUGACAUUCUUUUAAAAGAUUGAAAAGUUGAAUCUUGAAACCUUUUUGUUAAAGAUAAUAUAAUGUUUGAGCCUUGUUUUGGGAAAACAGGGUUUAUGCAUUUGCUUAACCCUUAACAACUUAGAUAUGUAUUUCGACGUGUUUGUAGUCCCUAAGAAAGUUAAAUUUAAUUUAAGGCCUUCCUUGAUAGAUUCAAGUUUGACAGGCUUCAUUUCCAACCCUUAGAUACUGAUGAGCAGCAAACAGCAUCAAAACUGAACAGACUGCGAGUUACUCGCAGGCUGCUCUGGUUUUAUGCUGGUUGCAAAAGCCAUUUUCACUUUGCUUCUUAUGAUGGAAAGGGUUAAAGUGUCAUCCCAGUUUAGCAUGCGCUUUAAGCAAAAUCAACAUAUUUGAUAAAAGCUGAAAGUAGCAUCCCUGAUAGCCUUUACGGACUGCACAGGCUAAUCUGGGAGGACAACGCUUAAAGUGAAUUUGUGCUGCCAUAAAGCAGAAAGUGUUGUCCUUGAUAAGUCUGUGAUGACUGCACAGGCUUACCUGGAACACGCUUAACCCUCGUGCUGUGGACCUUGUUUUCCCAGAGUGAGGCUCAUUUUAAUUCCAAACAUGGUGGCCGCGCUCUGUGAAAAAGGGGGUUUAAUGCAUGUGCGUAAAGUGUUGUCCCAGAUUAGCCUGUGCAGUUUGCACAGGCUAAGCCGUGACGACACUUUCCGCUUAAAUGACAUUUUCUGUUUACAGAAAGUCUUCUCGUUGCAAAAAGCUUGUUUAGGCAGAUAGUGUCGUCCCUGAUUAACCUGUGCAGACUGCACAGGUUAAUCUUUGAUGACACCUUACGCACAUUCAUUAAACCCCCUUUCCACAGAGCACCGCCCAUUUAUAUUCUUCCACAUGUUUUAAUAUGAUAACUUACAUGCAAUUACUGUGCUACUAUACUUUGUGCAUGUUCUUCGUUAUUAUACUAUUUUAACGUGUUAACUGUAUAUAGUUAUUGUUUUUCUUUUUCCAAAAGUGUCAAAAAGUUGUUUGUUGAAAAAGCCAAAAUGACCAAAUUUAAAUCAUUCUGAUCUCGUGAAGCCUUUUUAUAUUUAUUUUUUUAAAUUCGUUUUUAUAAACUUAACUGUCAGAAUACCAGUACAGUACAUGUAUAUUUUGUUUAGAUGGAAUUAUUUUCAGUUUGCAAGUGAGUGUAACUUUUAAAAGGAGAUGAACUACUUUCUGAAAGAAUUUAUAUUGCUUUUGAUUGUUCACAUCUGUUUGAUAAAUAUAGCCAAUGUGUACAUUUGUUUCUUGAUUUGUUUGCUAAUUCAAUUUGUUUAACAUACCCUUUUGCACUGCAAUAAUUAUUUUGACAUAGUGUAAAUGAGAGAGAUGCAAAAAUUUUAUCACAAAAUAUUUGCAAAUAAGACAGUACAUAUAAGACCAUUUGAUGAUGAUUUAUUUGAUGCAACAAACAAUUUGUGUGACCAUUGCAUUUUAACAAGAGCUCAAGUCAUUUACGCUCCAAUAUGUUUGUUUUAAGUACAUUUGUUGUCGUUGUGUUAUGUUCAACUUUUUGUUGUGGAAAUCCUGACAUUUUCUCAUUGCUUAGAAAUUAUGAAUCUUUUUGUUGAAUUGAAUUGUAUAUAACCAGUUAAAAAAGAAUUUAAACAUGUAGCAUUAUUCAUGUUUUGUUAAACUUGCCUUUUUGCAAAUAAAUAGCUUUUAUUUUGUAUUACAAUUGUGCCUUUUGUACAUAAUUAUGUAUCACAUUUAGUUCUCACAUUCCUAAGUGAUGCCAUUUUGUUAUCUUUUUGUAAAUAUUUGUUUUACACAAUAGUUAAUGUAGUUUUGAAAAUAUAUGUUAAAGUGUAUUUCAGGUGUAUGGUGUAAAAUGUGUUCUAAAUUUGUUAAUUUAGUAACAUUGUUUGUGGUCAGUCUGUGAAUGGCAUCCGUUAUCAUGUGUUGUGCAGUGGCAACUUUCAGCUCCUUACCACUUGAUUUAUGCCACAUAUUUCAUUCACUUUAGAUGAAACAUGGUCAGUUGGUAUAUCUUAACAACAUUUUGGCUAAGUUUGAAUCUGGGUCACAUUCUUCUCAAAACUAGAUAAUAUGUAACACAAUUUAUAUGAAGCAUGAUCAGAAUGCCUAUCUUGACAAUAUCUUGGCAUAGUUUGAAUCAGGGUCAUGUACAUCUAGGUCAUAGGUCACCAGGUAAAACCUUAGAAAACCAUAUUUUCACUGUAGAAGCCAUAUUUAUGACUUAAUAUUGCCAAAACAUGGUCAGAAUGUUUGUUUGACAAUAUCAAGGCCAUGUUAGAAUAUUGGUAAUUUUUGUAAAAAAAAAUUGGUCACCAAGUCAAGUCUUUGACAAUUGCUGUACCAUGAACUCAGAUGAGCACUUUAGGGCCUUCUUAUUAUUUGUAAUGUUAUUUUAUUGAAAGACACAUAGGCAAUUUAAUACCCAAAAUACAUUGCUGUUGUGCAGUGUAGCCAUUCUAAUCUAAGUGUAAAUACAUCUUUUUAUGAUCACCUCUAAGAUAAUCAGAGGAAAACAUGAUUUUUUAUAUUUGAAUAAUCUUCCCAUCAUGCCAACUUCCUCCCAUAAUAUUAUGAUAUUGUCUUAACUGUGAUACAUGUUCUUGCUCAUUUCUUGCUUACUGAGGCUUCAUGACUCCGAACAUUCUGGACUUCAAUCUGAGAUGUAAUCUCAUAUAUUUAACCAAUGGAAAAUAACUCAAAAGUAAGAAGCAUUCCGAUUGGCUGAUAUUUUUAGUUGAGACAAUCUUUGAGUUUGAAACAGAGGGUUAGUAGUCCUGGAAACAGGUUCUCAUGUUCUAUUACAGUCUCACUUUCGCUGUUAAUUAUUAAGACGUACGCAAAUGUUUUCAUUUUUUUUCAGAAUUUAAUAAUCAGUUCUUUUAUCAGUUGUCUGUCAAGAAAUUCAUAAUACAGGAAAUUUAAUUUUUUUCAAGUUCGACAAUAUAUAUUGAAAUUCAAUUAUUUCAGUUGCAUUUGGAAGCAUUUAAUUGAAACUAAUUAUUUUGAAAGAUUCUUAUUGUAUUGGGAAACAAAAAAGUUUAUCCUGGCGUGUUUAAUGUAGUCAAACUUGACUGGUUGAAAACGAAAACAACUUAGGACAAUGAGUUGCAUACUUUUGUCUCUGUUUUGUGAUAACAUGUUGCACAACGGCUAGAAUUGUUUAAGUGCAUCUAAGCUUAAUCACUUCAUGAGUUUUAAAAGAUAUAAUCACUUUUCCAUGAUCUUCCAAGUUGAGUUUAUCCGUUUGUGAAGAGUUUUUUACAACGACAUAGUACAUGUAGAAUUAUAUGGCUGAUAAAUGGACGUUUCCUUAUCUAUGCUACUCUGAUGAA